ACAGGACCGCCGCCAUCGUCGAGUCCGAGGAGUUCCACCAAGGACACCACGUCGAGCAGGUGCUCGUGAGUCGAGAGCCAUGUACGGCGGCGGCGGCGGCUACGGCGGCGGCGGCGGCUACGGUGGCGGCUACGGCGGCGGGCGUGGCGGCGGCGGCGGCGGAUUCGGCUCCGGCGCGCGUCCGCGCAGCGACGCCGCCUCGGCCGCGCGCGUGGACCGCGCUCGCGCGCUGAGCUUCGCGCGCGCCCCUCCUCCAGGCGGGUACGGCGGUGGCGGCUAUGGCGGCGGCGGCUACGGCGGCGGCUUCGGCGGUGGCGGCUUCGGCGGCGGGCGUGGCGGCGGCGGCGGCGGCCUCGGCUCCGGCCUGCGCGACAUCCAGUGGGACCUGAGCCAGCUGCCCGUCUUCGAGAAGAACUUCUACAUCGAGCACCCGGACGUGACCGCGCGGUCCGAGGGCGACGCGGACGCGUGGCGGACGUCGAAGCAGAUCAAGAUCGAGGGCCGCGGCGUGCCCAAGCCCGUGUCGACGUUCGAGGAGGCGUCCAUGCCCGACUACGUGCUCACGGAGGUCAUGAAGCAGGGCUUCAAGGAGCCCUCGCCGAUCCAGGCCCAGGGCUGGCCCAUGGCGCUCCUCGGCCGCGACAUGAUCGGCAUCUCGCGGACGGGCUCGGGCAAGACGCUCGCGUUCCUGCUGCCGGGCAUGAUCCACAUCAACGCGCAGCCCUACCUCCAGCCCGGCGACGGGCCGAUCGUCCUCGUCCUCGCGCCGACGCGCGAGCUCGCGGUGCAGAUCAAGGUCGAGUGCGACAAGUUUGGCGCGUCGUCGCAGAUCAAGAACACGUGCGUCUACGGCGGCGCGCCGAAGCGGACGCAGACGGGCGACCUGCAGCGCGGCGUCGAGAUCGUCAUCGCGACGCCGGGCCGCCUCAUCGACUUCCUCGAGUCCGGCGUGACGAACCUCCGCCGCGUGACGUACCUCGUGCUCGACGAGGCGGACCGCAUGCUCGACAUGGGCUUCGAGCCCCAGCUCCGCAAGAUCGUGAGCCAGAUCCGGCCGGACCGCCAGACGCUCAUGUGGUCCGCGACCUGGCCCAAGGAGGUCCGCAACAUGGCCAACGACUUCCUCAAGGACUUCUACCAGGUCACCGUCGGCUCGCUCGAGCUCUCCGCGAACAAGGACAUCACGCAGUACGUCGAGUGCGUCGACGACGGCGCCAAGUACCGGCGCAUGACCGACUUCCUCAAGGAGCACGGCGUCGACAAGAUGAUCGUCUUCGUCGAGACGAAGCGCGGCUGCGACCAGCUCUCCCGGUCCCUCGCGCACGAGGGCUUCCCCGCGCGGUGCAUCCACGGCGACAAGGCCCAGGACGAGCGCGACUGGGUGCUCAACGAGUUCCGCUCCGGCAAGUGCCCGCUCCUCGUCGCGACGGACAGAGCGCCGCGCGCGCGCGCGCGGCUCACCGCCCGUCUUCGGCGCAGGAUGGUCGUCAACUUCGACUUCCCCUCGAACCUCGAGGACUACGUCCACCGCAUCGGCCGCUGCGGCCGCGCCGGCCAGAAGGGCACGGCCCUCUCCUUCUUCACGCAGAAGUCCUCCAAGUGGGCCUCGGGCCUCUGCAAGAUCCUCGGCGACGCGGGCCAGAAGAUCCCCCCGGAGCUCCAGCAGAUGCAGUCCUACGGUGGCGGCGGCGGCGGACGCUACGGCCGACGCUGAGACAAUAGCCGCCGGGACCCGCCCCUGGGCACCCGCUGCGCAGCCAUCGCGUGCUAAGAUACCCCGCCUGUCC